AUGGAUGCGCAACUAAAAAAUGAAUCUCUAAUAAAAUCAAGUGAUUUACUUCGUCAUGAAGAUUUUGCACAGAUAAAUCGCAAAAAAUUGUCAAAAAAAGUGCAUCAAUAUUUACAAGUUUUACUAGGCGAACUAGUUGGAACUGCAUUUUUGAUCAUGAUGGGCAACGGUGUUGUUGCAAAUGUGAUUUAUAAACGUACAAAAGCGACAAACGCCGGUCCGUUUUUUAUUUCACUGGGAUGAGCAUUAGCAGUAUUUCUUGCAGUGGUGCUGGCGAAUGUGUGAGAAACUGGGGGGCAUCUAAACCCAGCUGUGUCAAUAGCCAUGUUAAUUAGGGGGUCUAUAAAUUGGGAAAUUUUUGCUGUGUACACUUUUAGUCAAAUUUUAGGCGCACUAGUAGAGAUUGUUGCUACAACUGUAUUAGUAACGCUCGCCAUGACAGUUGUUAUUUCCUACCAAGUUGAUUCAAAUACUGUCAUGAACGACAUGAUUAGAUAUUUCGGCCCUUUAACCAUGGGACUAGUAGUUUUAGCCAUUGGUUUAUCGCUCGGCGGUGUAACAGGUUACGCUAUUAACCCUGUUCGCGACUUUGUGCCGCGUCUUGUUUACCAACUAAGCCCAUACAAACAAAAAACCAGCGCUAAUUGGUCUUACAGUUGA